CGCAGUUGGUCAGCGCGUAGCUGCUGAGGAAUCCCGAGGUAGCUUUCGAAAUAUAAAUCGAUUUUAGGGUUUUCCAUGCUUGGCUAUGGCGUCCACACCCUUCGACGAGGAUGAAUUUGAUUUCGGUGGAGACGUAGUCGGCGAUGUCGGCAUCAGAGCAGGAAAGAGGGGUUUUGGCGAGCUCGAGGACGAUGACGAUCUUUUUCCCUCAAAGAAGAUUUAUGGAUCGGCAGUGGCCGCGGGAAGUGAUCACGCGACUACUACCAUACUCAAUCUUCGCGCCAGUUUAGAAGAGCGUGAUGGGACCAUUGCAUCACUAAAGGCUGACCUUGCCACUGCCAAUGGAGAGCUAGACAAAUGGAGGAAUUUGUUUCAAAGUGGAGAGUCAAUUCUACCAGAAAACUCAACUUCAGAUCCUCGGCUGAUCUUGGAUCAUAUAAAAUCUCUCCAAGCAUCCCAAGCUCGCGUGAAAGACCAGCUCGCAGCAUCCAGGCGCAAGGAAACUGCCAUGCUGAUCCAUUUGUCAAACAAGGAACAAGAAAUUGCAGAGAUGAAGACUCUCGUUCACGAUUUGAAGCUUUCGUUGAGGCCUCCAACGCUUCAGUCUCGUCGUCUUUUGCUGGAUCCUGCUAUACAUGUAGAAUUUACACGUAUGAAGAAGGAGCUGGAAAUUGCGGAAAAGAAGGCCAAAGACCUGACUGACGAUCUCGCUGCUGUCCAGUUCACUCCGCACAGUAAAAACGGCAAAAUGCUCAUGGCAAAGUGUCGUACGCUGCAAGAGGAAAACGAAGAAAUAGGGAGGGAGGCUUCGGAGGGCAAGAUACAUGAUCUGGAAACAAGGCUGGCUGUUCAAAAGUCGUUGAGCUCUGAAUUGAAACGCGGUUAUCAAGAGCUGUUUCGGUACGUUCGUGAUCUCAAUGAAGAGGCUGAGAGGCUGCAGCAAAUGGUGCGUAUACUCCAGAAUCAAGUGGAGCAAAAGGACUGGCAAACGGCUUAGGAGACGCUUCGUUCCGAGCGAGCUUGCCACCUCGGUUUGAUAUUCGAAACGAUACAACUCCCACAAAUGAUGCAGUUUGAAACUUCCACUUUCCCUCACUACGUCCUUUUGUAGGUUGUAAGAAUUCCAUAGUCCAACUUCAUUGUCGAGCAUGUAGUUCCCAAUUUGCUCCACAGAAUUCUUGACGGAGUAGAGAUUCACCAGAUGUGCACUUUCUUUACUUGUCUGCCUCCGGGUCGGUGUUCCCUGGUUUGAAUCAGGUUCUAGAUGAACAUUGAUUUUCGCAUCUAUACAACAAAAUCUCGAAAUAUGCUGUGCCA